CCAUGGCGUUGUCUCUUUGUACAAAUAUGGGGGCCACGCCCAAACAAAGCUUGUUUCCUUCCCUCCUCAAUCUUCUCCAUUUUCGUCUUCAUUUCUCCAUUUCCAUCACUCCCCCCUUCCCCUUCCCCUUCACCGUGUAAUGUGCGAAAUUUCCCCAUCUCUUGUUCACUCCGAAAUUCGAUCAUUUCUAAGGGGUUUUCUUUACAUUAUCUUCACUCCCACCUCUCCCAUGGAGUUUUGCUUAUGACCCAUCUUCCAAUUUUGAAGAUCUUUGGAGUUUCUGUGGGUGUUCUUUGAGGUUCGCCAUUGAUGGAGAUGUCGUUGCUUGAAUCCAAAUCCCUGUUUCUUUACCAGAAAUGUCACUCUUCGCCGUUUUUGAGCUUCAGGCACCAAGUUGAGAGGUUUUCUAGAUUCUGUUCUUGCAGGGGGAGAUUUUCCAAGGCUUCUUAUUUGAGUAAGCCAAACAAGGCGGCAUAUUGUAAUGGAGCUGUGAGUUCAAUUGGGCAAAAAAAACUAGCACCAGAAGCUUUUACACAUCAGAUAAAUGGAACAAAUGGCUUGAGUUCUAAGCUAUUUUCAAACGACAGUAGAUUAUUAGAAGCUGUUGAUGAUGAGUAUGAUGGAAUUGUGAUUGAUCCAGACCGAUUGCCCACAAAUCCGAUCGUCUUUUCGUCCAAUCUUCGUUUCUCUAUGUCCCAUUGGAAAAAGAAGGGAAAGAAGGGAGUUUGGCUUAAGUUGCCAGUAGAACAAUCAGAGCUAGUUCCAAUCGCCGUAAAGGCAGGAUUUCAGUACCAUCAUGCACAGCCAGAGUACUUGAUGUUAACUUAUUGGAUACCCGACGGACCAUGUAUGCUUCCUUCAAAUGCCUCGCACCACGUCGGGGUUGGAGGAUUCGUCAUUAACGAUAGAAACGAGGUCUUGGUAGUGCAAGAAAAAUAUUGUUCUCCAACAUUUGCUAAUUUUUGGAAAAUACCUACUGGUUUCAUUGUCGAGAAGGAAGAGAUCUUUACAGGAGUUUCUAGAGAAGUGAAGGAAGAAACUGGUAUUGAGACCGAGUUUGUUGAAGUAAUAGCAUUCAGGCACGCUCACAAUGUGGCAUACGAGAAGUCUGAUUUGUUCUUUGUAUGCAUGCUUAGACCAUUGUCGACCCAGAUUAUCGUCGAUGAUCUCGAAAUCCAAGCAGCAAAGUGGAUGCCUUUAGCUGAAUUUGUGGAGCAACCCCUUGUACAAGAAGAUGUGAUGUUUAAGAAGAUUAUCGACAUCUGCAUCGCCCGACUAGAUAAAUACUACUGCGGGUUAAACGUUCACCAGCUCGUCUCGAAAUUCGACGGUAAACUGUCGUCUCUUUAUUACAACAUCAUCGACGGCGAAGAUCUCAACUGUACUGGGAACUGAAUUGAAGCACUGCUCAUUCAUUGCCAAUGGCAUGUGUUUUCCUUUCAUGCAUUUAUGUUAAUAUGUAGCUGAUAAUAGAAUAUGUAAUUAUAGAACUCUUUUGUAGAAUAUGAAUAACAUGAGGUUCUAGCA